GCGAUGAGUUCUUAAUUCUCACAAAUUUAAGUUGUGAUUUGAUCCUUUCUUUCUAUCUCUCUCUCUCUAUAUAUAUGUGAGUAUAUCUCACUCAAUUCAUGCUUCCAUAUUCAUCACUUUCUCACUGUGAGUGCGUCUAGUGUGUGUGAGAGAGAGAGAUGGGGGCGUUUGCAUGGCUUAAGACAUGGUCGUUGCUAAUUGUUAUAGCAGCAGCUUCUUCCUUUGAUUCCGACGAGACAUCAAACCGUCGAAAUCUUCUUGGAAAUGGCCUUGCUUCCACCCCUCCUAUGGGAUGGAAUAGUUGGAAUCAUUUCAACUGCAUGAUUGACGAGAAGAUCAUCAAACAAACAGCCGAUGCUCUCGUCGCAACUGGUCUUGCUAAACUGGGUUACAACUAUGUCAACAUAGAUGAUUGCUGGGCUGAGCUGAAUCGCGAUAGCAAGGGCGUUCUAGUCCCUAAAAAAUCAACAUUUCCUUCUGGGAUGAAGGCCUUAUCAGAUUACGUCCACACCAAGGGGCUUAAGCUAGGAAUAUACUCAGAUGCAGGGUUCUACACUUGCAGCAAGAAAAUGCCCGGCUCUCUCGGCCACGAGGAGAUUGAUGCUAAAUCCUUCGCCUCAUGGGGCAUCGAUUAUCUCAAGUAUGACAACUGCAACAACGGCGGAAUUAGGCCAACUCUAAGGUAUCCGGUGAUGACGAGAGCUCUGAUAAAUGCCGGGAGGCCGAUCUUCUUCUCCCUGUGCGAAUGGGGGGAUCUGCACCCGGCCCUCUGGGGUUACACCGUGGGGAAUAGCUGGAGAACCACCAACGACAUUUCUGAUACUUGGGACAGCAUGAUUUCCAGAGCUGAUCAGAAUGAAGUUUAUGCUGACUAUGCUAGGCCUGGUGGCUGGAAUGAUCCUGACAUGCUUGAGGUUGGAAAUGGAGGAAUGAGCAAGAAUGAAUGCAUAGUUCACUUCAGUAUAUGGGCUAUUUCUAAGGCACCCCUGCUCAUAGGUUGUGAUGUUAGAAAUAUAAGCAAAGACACUAUGGAAAUUAUAGCCAAUAAGGAGGUGAUUGCACUCAAUCAAGACAAGCUAGGUGUUCAGGCCAAAAAGGUUAGGAUGGAAGGUGAUUGGGAGGUGUGGUCUGGGCCUCUUUCGCAAUACAGAAUCGCAGUGUUGCUGCUUAACCGAGGCCCUGUGCGUACCGAAAUUACUGCUCAUUGGGAUGAUAUAGGAAUCGCCCCGACUACUUCUGUCCAAGCCAGAGACCUCUGGGAGCACAAGACGCUGAAUACAAGAUUUACAGGAAAUUUGACUGCAACUAUAGAUUCUCAUGGCUGCAAAUUGUUUGUAUUGAAGCUUGUUUCUUGAGGUUUAAGAUGUAUUUCUUUGUAUUCGACUAAUGUUGUUGUGAUGCUGUUCGAUUUAUCAAUAUAAUGUUGCUUUCUUUGUUGAGUUAUA